UGACACGCAGAGGCAACGCAAACUGGGCUCAGCUGCGGCAUAUAAAGCGGACAAGGCGCAGACAAAGUGGAAGAGGACGAGCUUGUACAGUCUUGUAGGGAGGCUGCCUGUUCUCAGAGCAAUUAGUGAGUGCCAAGAGUUGUGCACAGCAGCAACAUGAGGAAACGAGGAGCGUCCACCUAGAGCAUUUGACUUCAGUGCAAGAAGAGCUCAAGAGGAACUCAUGAAAGCUGGAUUCAUAUCUGUUUUAAUUAUCGUGUAAUAUGACUGAUUUGCCCAAAUCUGACAUUGCCUAAUCUCCAUGGACGUCAUAUUUCAUAAGCACCCCCUCACCCAGAGGAACCUCAUGAGGCCCAGAGCCCAGCGGUGAUGCUGGCAAUGCAGCACAACAACUGCUCAGGCAUCGUCGCCCCCACGCCCCUAUUGAACCAGACCAGAGGGGAGGUGACUGGGGUCGAGGCACAGAGGAACAAUGCCACUUUCUGUCUGCCCAGCAAUCCCACAGCUGCUGGUCUCUCCAUGACAUUGGGCAUCCUAUCCAAUGUGGUUGCCCUCAUUAUUUUGGCCAAGGCUUAUAACCGCUUCCGUCGGCGCUCCAAGGCCACUUUCCUCCUCUUCGCUAGCUCCCUGGUCGCCACCGACCUUGCUGGACAUGUCAUCCCCGGAGCCCUGGUGUUAAGGCUGUACUCAGCGGGCACUGGGCCCACUGUUGCUGAUCCUGACUCGGACUCUCUAGAUUAUCCUGAUGUCCCUUGUCUGUUUCUGGGGGGCAGCAUGGUGUUCUUUGGCCUGUGCCCGCUCUUCCUGGGCUGUGGCAUGGCUGCAGAGCGCUGCCUGGGCGUCACCAAGCCCCUGCUCCACGCUCAGUUAGUGACCACGGCACGGACUAAGAUGGCACUGGCCCUCAUCUGGCUGGUGGCGUUAUGUGUGGCCGUCCUGCCCUUCUUUAGCCUGGGCGCGUACACGUACCAGUACCCUUGGACCUGGUGCUUCAUCAGGGUGUUAGGGCACACCAAAGGGACAGACCUGGCCUUCGUGAUUCUGUUCUCUGGCCUGGGUUUGACCUGUCUGGCUGUGGCCUUUGUGUGCAACACCAUCAGCGGCAUCACGCUGGUGAGAGCCAGGCUGCGGAAGAGGUCCUGCUCACACCGCCGCUUGGCCAAGUCCCAUGACAUUGAGAUGGUGGUCCAGCUGGUUGGGAUCAUGGUCAGCUCUUGCAUCUGCUGGAGCCCCCUGCUGAUCUUUGGACUGAUGUCAGUGAUACGGUCCUACAGUGGCUCCCUGGACAAUGAUAAAGACACCUAUAGGAUGCUGAUGGUGACUGGCGUGAGGCUGGCGUCCUGGAACCAGAUCCUGGACCCCUGGGUGUACAUCCUGCUACGCCGCGCAAUCCUCAAGAAGAUCUACCGCAUCACCAAAAAGCGAGCCAGCUUCAAGGGAAGCACAUUCCGCUCUAUCCGCUGGGACAUGAGCUCCUUUCAGAGCUCAGAGAAAAACACUGUCAAUCAGAUUUAAGGGAAAGAGGACACAAAGGAGGAAAAGGGAUAUGUCAUCUGUCACUCUGAAGGGACGCUCAGUCACUUGCCAGCCUUAUCAGUGGGAUCAGAAAUAAAUCAUGCCGACUAUGGUUUGGAUCAGAAAGCACUGGUAAAAGGUCAUAUAUAAAUAAGGUUGUGUUUUUUUUCCUCUUGGCUUGUGGGAAUGACAGUCAUCCUGAUUUGUGUGAAUAUGAAGUAUUUAGAAUUGUAAUCAGUGUUUUU